CUAUUUCGUAGACAACGUAAGCGUAUGAUCGUAAUAAGCCGGUGACCCACCUUCUAGGGUGCGAUUUACAGAGGGAAUUGCAAGUAUUCGAAUAGGGACUAGAGUCGACUAAUUAUAUCUGUAUAUUUAUAGCAAGGUGGGCGACAGACGUCGACAGAGGUGCUCCGAAGAGCUAGCCGAGUAUCGGCAGCAGCCGUCAGGUCGCGUCUGAUCUUCACAGCACGUUGCCGAUCUAUCAUUUCAUCACGCCGGUUGCUUUCAGUAUAAGACAACAUGGCGUCUGGUGAUGAAUUGAGCAAAGUGGUGGACAUGAUGAAGCAAAUGCACCUCAUGGGCAGCCAGCUUGGGUCCGAAACGAGACAGAGACUUAAGCAACUUGAGGCGAAAAUGAAGGCAGAAGCCCAACAGUUUAUGGCUGAAAAUGCUAAGAAGAUUAUGAUCAGGGAGUCCCAGGGCCUUGACCUGCUCUUUCUCCUGGAUGUCACUGUCAGCAUGAAGCCCUACCGCGAUGGCGUGGUGAACCAAAUCGUGACGGUUGUGUCGCAUUUGGAGGCCAUGUACAAGUACAGCAAGGACAACAUCCGUGUGGGAGUGGUGGGCUACCGAGACCUGCACCUCGAGCCGCGCUUUGAGCUGCUGCCCUUCACACCCGUGUCGGCCUGCAACGAGGGCUGCAACGUCAUCAAGCAGUGGCUCAACAAGCUCAAGUUCACAACGGACAAAGCCAACGAUUACCCGGAGGAUGUGCACGGCGGCCUGGAGAAAGCGGCCGCACCGGAGCUAGGCUGGAAGAGCGCCGCACGCACCAUCGUACACAUCGCAGACGCACCGGGGCACGGCAAACGCCUGACGGGGCCCAACGCCAGCUUCCGCGACGAUUUCCCUAACCACGACGCCGACGGAAAGGAGCUCGUGAAGCUGCUGACGAGGUUGCGGCUGGAGACUAAGGUGCAAACCUACAAGUUCAUCCACAUCCUUGAUCCCAAAAACGAAAAGACGUACACUCGGGUCAUGCUCGAGGAAUUCCGGCGGGCGUGCGGCGACCCCGCUUGGAUUAUUGAGUCCGAUUGGCAGGGUGACGAGGAGAUGGGGCUGGAGGUGAUCGCGGCGGCUUCGGAGAGCAUCCAAAACAGCGUCUCGCAGCGCACGGGGGCGCAACAGCCGGCCCCCGAGCGGGUCUACACCAUCGACCCCUCUGAGCCAGACUGGGAGUCCCUGCCGGCCCAGCCCAUCACCAUUACCCGGCACGAUACGCAGCUGCUGGGAAGCAUUCAGACGCUGCUGCAGCUCAUCGAUAACGGCAACCACAUUCGGAUCAAGGAGGUCACAGAGGGAAACGUUGCGCGCGUCCGGAUCGCCCUCAACCCCUUCGCCAAGGGAAAGAACCGCCUGGCCUACUACGGGCGCUACUAUCCCAAGGGGCUGGGGGGCGGCGAGGUGCACGAGAUGGUGCUCAAGGAGUUCAUUUCCAGCGCCGGAUCGGACAACUCGGCAGUCGUGUACAAGGCGCAGUUGGAGGCCCAGACCGUCGCCAGCUUCCUAGCGGAGCACUUCAACAAGCACGCAGCGCAGGCGGCACCCCAGCUCCGCGUGCCGCCCGUCAAGUACGCGCCCUGCGACCUGGCAUGCGUCCCCACCGGGCCCAAGACCGUGCGCUUCCUGCUGAUCGAGCCGCUGAUUCUGGGCGGCAUCUACAAGUACAACAACAACUACGGGUUCGUGGACUUGGCCGACAUGCAGCCGUACCUGCAGGCCUUCAGCCACUGGACGUACGAGGUGACGGACAAGCGGCUCAUGGUGGUGGACCUGCAGGGCUUCCGCACGCUGGCCGAGGAGGAUGAGGUUGAGGUGGUGCUUGUGGACCCCGCCAUCCACUGCGUCAACAAGGACUUCUUUCCAUCCACAAACCUGGCGGCGGAGGGAGGGUUCGAGGCCUUCCUGCACUCCCAUAUGAACCCCAAGUUCAACGCGCACGGACCCAUAUGCACCACCCUGCUGCCCGGCUGCUGCGCCUACCGGGAGCAGCAGCACGACCUCGCCAGGGCGCAAAGAGACAACAACAACAACAACAACAACAACAACAACCGCUCCUCCUCCGGCCUGUGGCAAGGCGGGCGCGGGGCUGCUGCUGGCGCCAACCGUGGUCGCGGAAAAGGCCGCGGCGGUGGGAACCAGAGCGACGCGGGCAACCGGCAGCAGGGUCGCGGUCGCGGCGUGAACGCCCUGCGGGAGGCCUGGCUGCAGCCGGCACCGCCAUCAAGACCUGAAGACGAUCCGGCGGGCUCGUUCAGCUCCAUGUCUUCGACGUCCUCCAUCCAUGAGCGAAUGAAGGCGAUUAAGGAGGCCAUGGACGUGCACGCCCUGUGCAGGAAGUGGCUGCGAGAGGAUGGCAUCCCGGUGCCUUCAAACCUGGCCGAGGCCAUCAACCUGUGUCAGGCGUUCGGCAAAAUCAAGCGCCAGGAGGUGGCUGACAAAUUCCACGCGCGGCGUGUAGCGGCGAACAAGGCGAGGCACGUAUGGUGAAGGCAGCAGGCGCUACGGUGACGUGGCCGUGUACUGCGCGCGGGUGGGGCGUUGUCGGUUUAGCGGCGUGGGAGGCAGGGCGUCCAGCAGGAAAUGGCAGGUGUAUGUAUACACGAGCGUCGGCUUUCAUUGACCAGGGCGUCCGGGCGUGAAUUAUUGGCGCGGGUGUGACAGGAUUGCGGUAUUGCGUACUGCAGGUGCACGUUGCUGAACUAUUCAUUGUUUUUACGGGGUGCCUCAUCUGGCAAUUACCCAGACCUGGCUGACGCGCAUAAUGAGGCCCUCUUAACGUGGAAACGACCCACGGGUCAGCAGCCGCCAAGGUUGGUGCAGAGUAAUGUGUACAGACCGCUGUUUGCAGCCGCAGCCAGCGGCAUGGCAGCAGCGUGCUUCCCCUUUGAAGUGAAGUAAGCGCUGUAUGAGCGUGAGAUGUGUGGCUGCUUGGUUGCUUCUUGUACUGUGUUUUAGAACCCGUUUUGCAGGUAAGUGAUCCGUUGGGAAGAGCAUGCUAACUUGCAUCUCACCCUGUGGUCCGUUGAACCGCGGUUUCGGAUAAGUUGUCACGCGUGGGUUUCGGUCGGCAUUAGUAAUUAUUGCUUGACCUCGGGUUGCCUGUUGUAUUUCUUUUGAGCCGGAAUCCAUCUGUGAUAACAGCUGCUGCCGUAGGUAGGAUGCUUUGUCUGCGUCCAUAUACCGGUACUCUGAUCUGCCGUGACAGCUUCGAUAAUUGGUUUAGAGAACUACAGGUCGUAACUCGUAAGGAUGGUAGGGGGUUGUUGUUAUCCAGGCAGGCCUUCUUACCGUGCCGCAAGGUAGGAUAGUAGGGUCAAUCGUUAAAUGCUGUGCAUGAUGGAUGUUCAGCAAUGGCGGAAGGUCAUCCGCUAAGGAAGGUGGGCAGAAUCACUAGGAUUUAGGGGUCGAUUUGCAUUUCCCGCAUUUUUCCUCUAAAGUGUUGGCGACUGCUGCGGUCCAACACCUAAUGGUCCCCUUUGUAGGGAACCACUGCAACGGCCA